AUGCGUGCGCGACUCGAGUCCCUUCGUCGCUUCUCAUCCCUCCCUCUUCCCGCUUCGGCUCCUCUCCCGCAUCUCCUCUCCCUGCUGAGCCGAUGCUCCACCUUCGGCCACAUCGCCCAAACCCACGCCUUCAUGAUCGCCCGAGGCCUCCCCGGCGACAACCUCCUCCUCGCCAAGUUCCUCCACGCCUGCUCCUCCCUCGGCUUCCGGGGCCACGCCCUCCUCGCCUUCGACCGCGCUGAACGCCCCGACGUCUACCUUUUAAACACCAUGAUCCGAUGCCUCUGCCAAACGGACUCCGCCGAGCACGCCGUGUCUCUUUUUAACAGGAUUCAAGGCUCCGGCUUGAGGCCGGACACGUACUCCUUCCCCUUCGUGCUGAAGGCCGUCGCCCAUCUGGGAAUGCUUCAAUUGGGCCGAGAAGUCCAUGGCCAGAUCACUCGUUUCGGACUUGAUGCCGACAUCCACGUCUCGACCGCUCUUGUCGUCAUGUACUCCAAUUGUGGCGAAGUGAACGACGCACGCAAGCUGUUCGACGGAUUUCAGCUUAGAGACGUGGUGAUGUGGAAUGCAAUGACGGCGGGUUACGUCAAGGUCGGGGAUGUUGAUAGCGCACGUGACAUUUUUGAACAAAUGCCUAAGAGAAAUGUGGUCUCGUGGACGACAAUGAUAGCCGGCUUUGCUGAUGCAACCGGUUCGGAUGAGGCGAUCACCAUGUUUCGGAGGAUGCAGCUGGAAGGUGGUAUCGAGCCAGAUGAGGUGGCCUUGUUAGCCGUGCUCUCAGCUUGUGCCAAUUUAGGCGCUCUGGAUUUGGGGGAAUGGAUACAUAGCUUUAUAGGCAAGCGUGGGUUGUACAAAACCAUCCCUUUGAUGAAUUCACUGAUCGACAUGUAUGCUAAGUCUGGAUACAUUCACAAAUCCUUAGAGGUGUUUGAGGAUAUGAAACAGAGGAGUGUGGUCACUUGGACCACAAUGAUAGCAGGGUUUGCUUCCCAUGGGCUUGGUUUUGAAGCUCUCGAGCUGUUCCAUAGGAUGGAAAGAGAGCAUGUUCAGCCAAAUGACGUUACCUUCCUGGCUGUCCUAUCUGCUUGUAGCCAUAUCGGACUAACAGAUUUAGGGAGGUGGUAUUUCGACCGCAUGUAUUCGAAGUACAUGAUUAAACCAAGAAUUCAACACUACGGUUGUAUGAUUGACCUUCUUGGCCGUGCAGGUUGUUUGAGAGAGGCUAGAGAUCUGGUUAGACGUAUGCCUUUUGAACCAAAUGGAGCAAUAUGGGGAGCUCUUCUAGCUGCUGCUAGAAGCCAUGGUGAUGCUGAGCUUGGAGAACUUGCUUUAAGGCAUCUUGUUGAAAUUGAGCCACACAACAGCGGGAACUAUAUCCUUUUGUCUAAUAUUUAUGCAGCACAUGAGAUGUGGGAUGAUGUUGCUAAGCUGAGGAAGAUGAUGAAGGAGAGGGGAGUGAUGAAUGUGCCAGGUGCCAGUUCUAUCGAAGUGGAUGGAGCAGUCCACGAGUUUACAUCAAGAGAUGGAUCACAUCCCUACUUCAACAGGAUUUAUGAACUUCUGCAUGAGAUGUCUGGGCACUUAAAAAUGAUUGGUUAUGUCCCAAAACAUCAUUCAGUGGAGCAUCAGAGGAAGCUGUUCUUGUUGGAACCAGUGGUGAUGCUGUGCUUCCUCAUGACAGUGAUGUUCAAUGUUUUCAUCAGAGGAAGCCAACAUGCAGAAAAGAUAUCAUGUCCACAUGAAAAAUUGGUUGAUGCUGGGAACUACAGGAAGUGGAUGUGAAAGUCUUUUGCAAGAAUGAAAGAUAGUCAGAGAGCUAAUUUCUGAUGAGAAAAUCUUGAAGCUCAAGGUAUAAUUUCAUCUAUAAAAAAAUCUAUUUCAUCCACCUUUGACUUUUUCGACCUGACGUCCCCAAGGGCUGGCCAAGAUUUCAAAGUGUGGGCGUCAACUUAGCAUGUUCCUUCUUCAUUAUACUCACCUGAAUUACAGUUCUCUUGCCAACUAGGGUGUUGGAGAGAUGUUUUGAUUCUAUACUAUGCCAUCCAUUAACGUAGAAGAAAAGUUCAACUUCAUUAGAUGUUGCAAUUAUGACUCUGGUGAUUGAAGUUUCCUAAUU